CAGGUUUCCUGACUAGGGAACCUUCUGAUGAUCACAUACAACUUUAGUGUUAACUUCCAGUGACUCUCAGGGCUGCUACAUGUGCUUCCGAAAACACAGCUUUUGUUACCAGGAGAGGUUAUGAUCUAGUGCACAGCUUUUUGCUUUAAUGAAGGUGUCAUCAUACAAAGGCAAUCUGUGUAGUUUAUCAGGCACAUUCCAUGGGCAGCAGAGCCGUCAAAUGCGCUUUACGGACAGUUUGGCAAGCUGGGACGACAGCAGCUCGGUGAGCAGUGGAAUUAGUGACACUAUAGACAAUCUUAGCACUGAUGAUAUUAACACCAGCUCUUCUAUAAGCUCGUACGCCAACACUCCUGCGUCCUCUCGGAAAAACCUGGAUGCGCAGACUGAUGCUGAGAAGCAUUUACAAGGAGAUCGUAAUUGUCUGUGGCCAGAUGAUGAAGUAAAGAGGUCAGAUGGCGGAUCAGACAGUGGUGUAAAGAUGGAGCCUGGGAAUAAAUGGAGGAAAAAUCCUUCUGACAUGUCAGAUGAAUCUGAUAAGAGCACAUCUGGGAGGAAGAACACAGUCAUCUCACAGACUGGGUCAUGGAGACGUGGGAUGACCGCUCAGGUUGGGAUAACCACGCCAAGAACAAAGUCCUCAGCAACUGUUACAAGUGCUAUAAAAACACCCGGAACAGUUACAGGGAAGACUGAUGAUGCAAAGGUUUCUGAAAAAGGAAGAAUUUCCCCAAAAGCCAUGCAUGUUAAACGUUCUCCAUCUGAUGCGGGACGGAGCAGUGGGGACGAAUCCAAGAAGCCCCCUACAAAUACCUCUAGGACAAUCACUGCAAACACAAAUACAUUUGGAUUCAAGAAGCAGGGUGGGACAGUAGUUGGUGUCCCUAUAAUUACUGCAAGUGGUGCCAUGAUCACCAGCGGUUCAGCAACCCUGGGGAAAAUGCCAAAGUCUUCUGCAUUGAUAGGAAGGUCCACUAACCGCAAGGCCAGCAUUGAUGGGCCCCAGAAUCAUGAUGAUGGCUACCUUCAACUUAGUGCCAGGACUAAUCUUCAGUACCGCAGCUUGCCCAGGCCAAGCAAAUCACGUAGUGGAACUGGAAAUAGGUCAAGUACCAGCAGCAUUGACUCUAACAUUAGUAGCAAAUCAGCCGGGCUGCCGAUCCCCAAACUAAGAGAGCCCAACAAGGGACUAGCUGGCAACUCCAUAACCGGACUGUGCAACCAAACUGACAAGGAGAAAGGAAUUUCAUCUGACAAUGAGAGUGUCACCUCUUGUAAUUCCGUUAAAUUGAACCCAGCAGCACAAGGUGCUUCUAAUGGUACCCGCCAACAAGCGAACAAAUAUCCAGAUGUAUCCUCGCCAACACUGCGCAGACUUUUUGGUGGAAAGCAGAACAAGCAAGUUCCAAUCACAACAGCUGAUAAUAUGAAGAACUCUAUGGUGAUCUCUAACCCUCAUGCCACAAUGAACGCACAGACUAAUCUUGACUCCCCCUCAGGGAGUGGCAUGUUGAGUAGUGGAGGCAGUAGUCCUCUGUAUGGGAAAAGUCUUGACCUAAACCAUUCUCCUCUGGCUUCCAGUCCAGGAUCUGCCCACUCAGCACCUUCCAACAGUUUAACGUGGGGAACAAACCCAAGCAACUCCUCAGCUGUUAGUAAGGACGGUUAUGGCUUUCAGUCAGUCAGCAGCCUGCACACUAGUUGUGAAUCUAUCGAUAUCUCACUCAGCAGUGGGGGAGGGAUGAGUAAUAAUUCUCCUGGUGCUAUGACUACCUCCUCAAGGGAAGAUGCCUCGAUUCCCUUCAUAAGAACCAACAGUGUUAAGACUGCAAUGUCAGAAAGCCCUCUGUCAUCUCCUGGUGCUAGUCCCAAAUUCAGCAGAAAUACUUUGCCCAGGAAACAGGACAGUGACCCCCACCUUGAUAGGAACACAUUACCUAAGAAAGGAUUCAGGUGUGCUCCGUCAUCUCAGAUGCGCAACCAAGAAGAUUCCAAAGAAUGGCUUAGAUCAAAUUCUGCCGGUGGCCUCCAGGACACUGCUAGUAACUCCCCCUUCUCAUCUGGAUCCAGUAUAACGUCACCUUCUGGGACUCGAUUCAACUUCUCACAACUAGCAAGUCCUACUACAUCAUCACAAAUGAGUUUGUCCAACCCUACCAUACUGCGUACCAGCAGUCUGUCUAACACUGACGGAUCCUAUGACCCUUACUGUGAGGCCCGUUUCCGGAACAGCUCCAUGUCACUGGAUGAAAAGUCUCGUACCAUGAGUCGCUCAGGAUCGUUCCGUGAUGGCUUUGAGGAAGUUCAUGGAUCCUCUUUGUCUUUGGUUUCCAGCACCUCAUCAGUGUAUUCAACACCCGAAGAAAAGUGCCACUCUGAGAUUCGCAAAUUAAGAAGAGAAUUAGAUGCCUCUCAAGAGAAGGUUUCUGCCCUUACUACUCAGCUUAGUGCCAAUGCUCAUCUUGUUGCCGCUUUUGAACAAAGCCUAAGUAAUAUGACCAUAAGACUGCAGAGUCUGACAAUGUCUGCUGAGCAGAAGGAUUCAGAGCUGAACGAAUUACGGAAAACCAUAGAGCUCCUGAAAAAGCACAACGCUGCUGCCCAGGCUGCCAUAAACGGUGUAAUUAACACACCAGAGCUCAGCUGUAAAGGAAAUGGGACAUCCCAGCCCCCUGACUUACGGAUCCGAAGACAGCAUUCAUCAGAUAGCGUAUCCAGUAUUAACAGUGCAACAAGCCAUUCCAGUGUCGGCAGCAACGUUGACAGUGAUUCAAAAAAGAAGAAAAGAAAAAACUGGCUGAGGAGCUCCUUCAAACAAGCAUUUGGCAAAAAGAAGUCUCCAAAAUCAGCUUCUUCCCAUUCUGAUAUUGAGGAGAUGACCGACUCCUCCCUCCCUUCCUCACCAAAGUUACCGCACAACGGAUCUGCACUUUCCACUCCUCUGAUGAGGGGCUCACUCUCCAGCUCUCUAAUUUCUGAUUGUACAGAGAAUGAGGCUGACAGUGUUUUACAAUUGCGCAAUGAGCUCAGGGACAAGGAAAUGAAGUUGACUGAUAUACGCCUGGAAGCCCUCAGUUCUGCUCAUCAGCUGGACACGCUUAGAGAGGCAAUGAACCGAAUGCAGAGCGAGAUUGAGAAGCUGAAAGCUGAAAAUGAUCGGUUGAAGUCAGAAAACCACGGAAAGUGUAGUAGGACUCAGUCCCAAAUCUCUAUUUCUUCCUCACCCAGACAAUCUAUGGGACUUUCACAUCACAGCUUGAGCCUGACUGAGUCUUCGAGCCUUGACAUGUUGCUGGAUGACGCGGGUGAUGGAACCAUGAGGAAGGAGGGCCGGCACGUCAAGAUAGUUGUUAGCUUCCUGGAGGAAAUGAAAUGGAGAGAGGAUUGCAGACCUCGCUUGUUCCUGAUUGGAUGCAUUGGUGUUGGUGGCAAAACUAAAUGGGACGUUCUGGACGGAGUUGUUAAAAGGUUAUUUAAGGAAUACAUCACUCAUCUUGAUCCCGUAUCUCAGCUGGGCUUGAACUCAGACAGCGUUGUUGGUUAUAGUAUUGGUGACAUCAAACGCACAAGCAAUGCAGAGACACCAGAAUUGCUGCCUUGUGGGUAUCUUGUGGGUGAGAAUGAUACCAUCUCGGUAUCAGUCAAAGGGCUCUCCGAGAACAGUUUGGAUUGCCUGGUUUUUGAGACUCUUAUUCCAAAGCCUAUAUUACAGCGGUACGUCUCCCUUCUCAUGGAACACAGGAGAAUUAUCUUGUCAGGGCCUAGUGGAACUGGUAAAACCUACCUGGCGAAUCGCCUUUCUGAGUACAUGGUGCUGCGUGAGGGAAGAGAACUUUCAGAUGGAUCUGUUGCCACCUUCAACGUAGAUCAUAAAUCCAGCAAGGAACUUCGGCAGUACCUUUCCAACCUGGCUGAUCAGUGCAACAGUAAGAAUAAUGCCAUAGACAUGCCACUUGUCAUUAUUUUAGACAACUUGCACCAUGUUAGCUCCCUGGGAGAGAUAUUCAAUGGACUUUUGAACUGCAAAUAUCACAAAUGUCCAUACAUCAUUGGGACAAUGAACCAGGCCACUUCGUCUACGCCAAACCUCCAACUCCAUCACAAUUUCAGGUGGGUGCUAUGCGCAAAUCAUACUGAGCCAGUCAAGGGAUUUCUCGGGCGCUACCUCAGAAGAAAACUCAUUGAGACAGAAAUAACCUGCAGGACAAGAAAUGCAGAAUUAAUUAAAGUUAUUGACUGGAUACCAAAGGUUUGGCAACAUCUCAACAAGUUCCUAGAAGCUCACAGUUCCUCUGAUGUGACAAUUGGACCACGUCUGUUCCUUUCCUGCCCAAUAGAUGUUGAUGGUUCAAGAGUGUGGUUUACAGAUUUGUGGAAUUAUUCUAUAAUACCCUAUCUUCUAGAAGCUGUCAGGGAAGGACUGCAGUUGUAUGGCAGAAGAGCCCCCUGGGAAGAUCCAGCUAAAUGGGUUAUGGAAACCUAUCCAUGGACUGCCAUACCGCAACAGCAUGAAUGGCCCCCUCUGCUUCAGCUUAGACCAGAAGACGUUGGUUUUGAUGGGUACUCUGUGCCCCGGGAAGGAACAUCCAGCAAACCGGUCCCACCCAGCGACGUAGAAGGCGACCCUCUGAUGAAUAUGCUUAUGAGGCUACAAGAGGCAGCAAAUUAUUCCAGUCCCCAGAGCUACGACAGUGACUCAAACAGUAACAGUCAUCAUGAUGACAUCCUGGAUUCAUCCCUCGAAUCCACACUAUGAUUCUACAGUGACAGCAAUGAGUUGCUUCCUCUUCAGUCCUGCACAUGCAGGACGGCUCACUGACACUCUUACCAGUGAUAGGAGCAGGCGUCCGACUCUGGAGUUGGCAGCUGCCAGUACUGGACCUUUUAUUUGACCUUAGUGUGGGUGCUGGCCGCCCUAUGGACUAGUUUUGUUUUUUGUUUAAUAAUGUGUAAGAAUACAAACUGCACUACUGCUACUUCCUUAUGUUUAGUUGAUACAGGCAUGCAUGCCUUUAACACUGAAGAUGUUUUAAGUUCUAAAUAUUGUGAAAGAAAUAAUAUAAGCAAAAUUGUGCCGUGCACUGUCCAGAAGGAAAGUAGAUGUUUCACUUGCCUUUGCUGCUUUAAACCAAACACACACACUCACUCACAAAACUCACACACACACAGGGGUGCUGGUCACACCAGCCUGACACAAUAACCUCAGCUUCAGAUAGCAACGGUGCUAACGGUUGUCUUGGCUAUGGCGUUUUCCUCUGACAAAGGGGGGUGGGCGAGUAUGUGGUGCAUUGCAGGGAAAUGCCCAACUUUCCCCUCCCAUGCCCAAGAGAUAUGUUCUUCAAAAAUUGAAUUGUCGACUUACAAGAGAACUCUUGAAAUGAUAUACAUUGAUUUAAAUCAUUGAGAAGAUAUUGUGGAAUAUGGGCUUAAUCAUAGAAGAGAUUUGCUCUUUAAUUUGUUCUUAAUUCUAAUUACAUAAUAUAAAAAAUACAUAACUUGUUGUGGAGAUGUAUUGUUAAGAAUGUGAAUAUAUAGUCUCUUGUGUCAUAUUGAAAUGUGAAAUCUCUUUUUGGUCUAAAGAGAAAAAAAAAUCCUCUCUAAUAUAAUAUGUGUGCCAGGAAUUAAUACCAUCCCAAUCUAUGCAGUUGAAAAGACAAAAAUUGUUACCAGGCUUUUUAUGAAGUCAAAGUACUAGUAACAAGGGUUAGGUCUAAUUCUUAUUGGUGCAAAACAUUCUGUGCUUCAAAUAUUUUUGUCUAAAUUUACAUUGAAAGUGUGAGACAUUUUAAUUUGUAAUUUAAAUUAGCCAAUGAACAUAACUCUACACUGGCGGAAGAAGGGUUACCUAGCAGACAAAUGUACUUAAAGGGCCACUAAACCCAAAAUCUUUCUUUCAUGAUUCAGAUAGAGAAUAGAAAUUUAAACAACAUUACAAUUUACUUCUAUUAUUUAUUUUGCUUCAUUUUUUAGAUAUCCUUAGUUGAAGAAAAAGCAAUGCACAUGGUGAGCCAAUCACACGAGGCUUCUAUGUGCAGCAACCAAUCAGCAGCUACUGAGCAUAUCUAGAUAUGCUUUUCAGCAAAGAAUAUCAAGAGAAUAAAACAAAUUAGAUAAUCUAAGUAAAUUAGAAAGAUGUUUAACAUUGCAUUCUCUUUCUAAAUCAAAAUGUGGGUUUCAUGUCCCUUUAAAGGGACAUGGAAGUAAAAAUGUAACUUUCAUGACUCAAAUUGCAUAUAUAAUUUUAGAAUUGUUUUCCAGUUUAGAUGUGUUAUCAAAUUAACCUUUUUUUCCUGGUUUAAUUUGUUGAAACUUAACUCCCUUGAUUUGUAGGCCCAGAAGUACGUACGUUAGUUUUUUAAAAACAAUAUGUAUAACAUUUUUACAUUGUUGCAAACACAACAGCCAUAUAUAUACGCUCCUGAGUAUAUCUACAUUUUCUUUCACAGAAAGGAGCUGAACAUAAACAAAGAGAAAUUAAAUCCGAUAAUAAAAUUAAAUUGGAAAUCUUAUUUUAAACUCUCUGAAUCAUGAAAUAUUCAUUUUGCCUUCUGUAUCCGUUUAAUAAUUGAACUGUAUUUAAAUAAUUGAAUGAAGGCAUUUUAGUGCCAACGAUGAACAAGACCAUUCUACAUUCCAAAUAAAACACAAAAUGGCAUUUAUUUGUCACCUGAUACAUAGAUCCCAAACAUUUGAAGUACCAGUAAUAUUCCGUUAAUUAAUUGUGAUAUUCAAGAGUAGAAUUUUCAUGGGUUUAGACUAUAAGUCAUGUUUCUGGGCUCCAAGUCAGCUGUAGCCUCUGUUGUCUAAUUUCCCUCCUUAAAGCACACGGGCAGUGUAUAGAUUUGCCAUUUUGUUGGGCAGCACAACCACCUCACUAAGUUUUACGCUUGGCAGGGAGGCAGCUACGUAUGAUUUUUAUUGGCUGCCAGCAGCAGUACCUCAGGUAAGACUUGAGAAACAACAUCAGGUGUGCAAGCCGUAAUCUCUCCUUUUUAUGGUGCUGAAUUGCAUUGGGAUGCCUUACUUGUUUUGUACAGUUAUUACAUGAUUGCUGCAUUCAGUUGUUUUCAGAAUAGGGCUAAGAUGUAAUAUUUAUGAACACAGUCGCCUGAUUGAUAUGAAUGUUCCUGAUGUAUUUUUUAUUUUAUUUUGUUGUUGUCAAAUAAGGAGGGGAAAUAAGACAGCUCUAGGCUCCUGGACAAUACCCUGUUAUACAGAUAUAUUCAUCAUGGCUGUAAUUAUUUGUUAAGACAGUAAGCAGAACUGUUUCAGAAUUUAUAGUACAAUACCUCACAAAUGCUGUCUACUGGAAAUAAUGACACAUUUCCAAUGGUUUGCUGUACAAACACUGGGCUUUGAGCCAAAAAUAAGUUUUUUUAAAGACUUGCAGUCCCAGGUCUUUAAACUAAGACUGCACUGAGUAACUUCUACUUCAAACAACUGACCCUGAAGCCUGGAUUUACUAAAGCUUUCUGGGACUACAAGGUGCUACUAAGAGAGUACCUAGGGGUAUUUUCUACAUUAUAAAGUACAAUAUAGAACUGAAAUGCACGUUAGACUUUUGAUCUUUGUGUUUUAUAACAAGUGUGUGUUUUUGAAUACAAGUUUUAAAGGCUGCACAAUUCGAAUAUCUCUCUCACAGUUACUUAUUUGAUACUUGCCAGGAUGAAGUACAAUACACUCUGUCUAAACUGAUAAAAAUGUAGUUUAUACAAAACUAGAGGCAAAUGCAAAUCAAAAUACAAUAGUCAGUGCAUUUUAAUUAUAUGUUUAAAACAGUGAGGUUAUAGCCAUGUCAAACCUUGCAUUUUCUUGCAGCUUGCAGUGUCUCGGUUUAGCCCCUUAUUGCUUCUGCUAGGGCUACGUCUGAGUUCUGUGAUAAGCUAGCUCGCAGCCCCAGUAAGCUUUAAUGAAUCCAGGCUUGUAAAGUUUCAAUUGCCUUUUCUGUAGAUUUUAUAUAAGACUGAGCACAGCAAGUGCUGAAUUAAAAAGUAUGUUUUUUUUAAAAAACAAAUAUCUUACUCUAUCACUUCCUCAGCUAGAAGUCAGAUGUCUGCAUUAUUAAAUGUGACAAAUACUUUUUUCAUACAUUUAUAUGAUGCAUAUUCUUUUGUUAACUAAAACAAUGUUCUUUGAUAAUCGUUAUGUGCGUUUAAUCUUAAAAAAAAAAAUCACUAAAAUAGAAUUUUUCUUUAAAUACAUUUUUUCUUUGACAAUAAACUGAUUCUUCCUCCCAGCGUUGACAUGUGCUACUGUGAAUAUGGCUGAAAAUGACAGCUGAUUUCAUAUCGUUGGUAAUUCUGAUAAUCUAUAUUUCUAGCUGUUGCAAUUCUGUACAUAAAUAGAACUUUUAUGUUAGUAGCUUUCACACAAGUUGAAUUGGUUUCAAAACCACCAAUUUGCGCUACUUCACAUUUAAUGUUUUAUUGCAUAAGUAUCAGGAAGCAGGACUGCCUGGGUUUUUUUUGUCACAUUUUAUUUUUGCCUAUGCCUUUUCAAAACAUCCAUUUUCUAAGCCUGUAAAUAUUUCUUAAAACUCAGGCCUACUAGAAGAUAUCGCAAAGUCAGUUUUAAAAAAACAACAACAAAUAUUUAAAAAAUCUUAAAAUAUUGUUUUUAAUGAAGGACAAAUGAUUUGAAGUUUAGUAAAUAUGUUAUCAUGUAGGUCAGGCAUGACUGUAGUACAGGAUAUCUUUAUUGUCUUGACAAAAACACUUUUGUACACUAACUGGAAAAUCAGGGGACGUGUAGUUGUUUAAUGUGUUUACUAAACUUCACAAAACAUAUUUCUUUACUUGUUGUUAAAUGCAAGAUGGAAAGUGCACCCCUCAUAUACUGUUUAAUGUUAAAAAUCAACUGGAGUUUGGUAUAAAAAGCAGCGACCCCCUAGGCUAUAGGACAGGACGGCCAUGCAUUAGAUAGCUGACUGGCAGCCAAGGGGCUAACAACUGCCUAUGCAUAUUACCAUACUAGCAUUUUCUUUCUCUACCAAAUGAAUUGUAAGAUGUAUUGCUGUUUCUUUGUAUUACUUUGUAUGCUAAUGUGUGCUUCACACUAGCUAUGGUGCCACACAUUAUGUAGCAGUAGAGAGGACAAAAACAAGAGGGUGUACAUCGCAAUAAAUAUUUUGUUUUGGGUAAAGAGUUAGUACAUUGUACAGGAGUUUUGAAAUGUAUUUUUUACAAAAUUGAAAUUGUUUUUUGAUUAUAAUGUCCCUAUAAAUAUAUAUGAGACUUAUGAAAGGCACUGUAUACAAAAGGUUGGUUGUCAUUACCGAGCAAUCGCUAUUUUUAUUCUUCUACUUGUCUCCUUACAAGUUGGCCUGUCGUUUCUGGAAUAUUCAUCAUCGGAUUCUAUGCAACACUGAAGUUGUCAUUCAAAGGAAGUCCAUAACGCUUCCUAUAUAAGAAUUGCGAGAUUAGAAAAGGCAUUAAAAAUAUAAAAGCAUUUUAUUAUUAUUAUUUUUUUGCUCUUAUCUGUAAAUUUUGGGUUUUGAUGUGUAUAUGUCUUUGUGUUCAUAAUUUAGUUGUUAAUAUCAUGCACAAUAUUAAUAUUUGCUCUGAUAAUUUACAUUGGAGCGGUUUAUUACAAGAUGUACAAUUUCUCGUUGUAACAUAGUACUGUAAAUAGUUGAUUAAAUUGCUGCAUUUUUAUGACAUUUUCUAGUCUUUUUUUAAACAAAGAAUUAGGAAUUGAGUAUUUUGUGUACUAUUGUUUCUGCCUUGAUUAUUUCUGAUUUUCUUUUUUUUUUUAAAUUUUGUUAUUAUAUAAAAUCAUGCAUGGUCAAAUCAGAUCGUGCUUUGUGUCAAAAACAAAAAACUAAUGAUUGUACCAGUCUUAAAUUAUUCAUAGCUAAAUAAAAUUGAUGCUUAUUUAUUCA